UCAACUUUAACACUAGUAUAUCUAACUUCCUGGUAGAGGAAAUGUGUCGAACGACUUUGAAAUGGAUGAUAGUACAUACAGAUUUGUUAAACUGUUUUUUGUGAUAUUAUCAUUUUCAAAGAAAUCACAUGGGUUAACCUUUGAAAAACGACUAUGUGAAAAUUCUACAGUGGAUUUGACCUGUCCUAGUGGAAACGCAAUAGAGGAUAUCAAUAUACUUUUUCACGACAUUGGGAAUUCUUGCAGUCUUACAAAUGACGGUAACAUGGGAACUGAAGCUAUGAACUCAUCUUACCCAUCUUGUAUUGGUCACAACUCGUGUGUGUUAACGGACAAAAUGCUCAACGUUUCACAUUUAGUAGCUGACAAAACGUGGAAACUGAAUAUUGACUAUCACUGUGUUCGUAAAAAUAUCAACAAUAGUAAGACCGAAAAAACUGUUUGUCCCUAUAACAUGGAGUCAGUAACAUGUGGAAAUACAAAAAAUAAAAUAGAAAUUCAGUCAGUUGAAGUAAUGAUGUAUUCAUCGUUUUGCGAAAACCACAUUUUAGAUCAACAGUGUACAGAAUUAACAAAACAUAACGUAAUAGAAUCCUGCAAUAUCAACAAUACUUGUCAACCAAUAAUUUGGACCAAAUCUGUCAAUACAUGGGAUGAUUGCAUUCGAAUACCAAAGUUUGUAAAUAUCUCAUUCAGUUGUAAAGCAAUUACUACUGAACGUCUAUCGCAAGAUGAAACCAGUGAACAUGGUAACAUGGCAUUGUCUACUGUCCUGCCAUUGCAAGAGGGAAGUGGUAUAGAAGGUAACAUAGGUGUUGCUGUGGGUGUCAUUGUUGGACUAAUUGUAAUUGUUGGAGUCGUGGUGCUGUAUUUAGUCUUUGUAAGAAGAAAAAAUACAGAUGACAAACAUGAUAUAGCUAGCAACUACGAAAACGCUGAUUAUGUUGGAAAUCAAAACAUAGCUCUUCCUGCUAACUGUACUUCUGAGAAUUCCACAAAUCUUGAAUUGAGAAUCAAUGAUCGAAAAGAAACAAAUAAAAGCGACACGAUCUUAGAAACCGGAUGUAUCAAAGACACCGACAACCAAUACUAUAAUUCAGCCAAUUUUUCUACAGCUCUUGAACCUAACAGAACAGAUAUUCCAGUUCAUCAUUCAAACGCCAAUGACUAUGAAAUGGCAAAACCAAUAGAUGAUUUUAAAUAUGAUAAAAAUACACCAACAUUGGAAAAAGACAAUUAUGCAUUUAAUGAAGACCAGUAUAACGUUUCAGGGAAACAUGACGGCUCUGAUUAUCAGCAGGGCAUAUAUAUAGUAGAGGUGUAGAUACUGUGUACGACAUUGCUUCUCAUAACAGACAGAAUAAUAUGAGCGAUGAGACAUACGACCAUGCCUUUGGUCCGACAACAGAGGAUGAUUAUGAUAUUGCAAAACACUGAUAUAUACAAUGUAUGGUAUUUGAGGAUUUUCACACAGUUAUUCCUAGGCUUCGAAAAUAUAAAUUAGGUUAUAUUGAAGUAAAACCGCAAUACACUAUCAUAUCAUUGGUUGUAAGAUUUGACCUAGUAUCGACGGGUUUAUACAGCAAGACGCCAUGUGCAAAUCCAAUUGAAAAAUGACAGAAUUACAAAAAAGACAUACAGACAGAAUUAAGAUUUGUUUCAAAAUAUAAAAAGAAGCGAAAAGAUAAUUACCUCUUAAAAUAUAUGACACAAAUAGUUUACAAAAAUAUUAGACAUCAACAAU